AUGACCAAAAGGCAACAGUGGGCACAGGCCGCACCGAGGUGGAGCCCGGUGGACACCGUCGCCGCCUCCAAUGGGCAACAGGCUGGCAAUGACCAAAAGGCAACAGUGGGCACAGGCCGCACCGAGGUGGAGCUCGGGCUGGGCUCGGCCCCCCACGAACUGCCUGGAAUAUGCUACAUGUAUGACCGCCCAGGAGACCUGUCCUCCCCCUGGGCCGUGUACCAGUGGGCAGCCAGCGCGGGCAUCAUCUCCAGCCCGAACACCAGUGAGGAUGCCCAGCCGUUUCACUGGGCAGAGGCCGUCGAGGUGGACAACACCGCCCUCUCUGAGGGCCCACCAACCCCCAAUGAUGACAAAGUUCCAGCAGCUGCCACAGGCUGGACCGAGGUGGACCCGGGGCUGGGCUCGGCCCCCCACGAACUGCCUGGAAUAUGCUACAUGUAUGACCGCCCAGGAGACCUGUCCUCCCCCUGGGCCGUGUACCAGUGGGCAGCCAGCGCGGGCAUCAUCUCCAGCCCGAACACCAGUGAGGAUGCCCAGCCGUUUCACUGGGCAGAGGCCGUCGAGGUGGACAACACCGCCCUCUCUGAGGGCCCACCAACCCCCAAUGAUGACAAAGUUCCAGCAGCUGCCACAGGCUGGACCGAGGUGGACCCGGGGCUGGGCUCGGCCCCCCACGAACUGCCUGGAAUAUGCUACAUGUAUGACCGCCCAGGAGACCUGUCCUCCCCCUGGGCCGUGUACCAGUGGGCAGCCAGCGCGGGCAUCAUCUCCAGCCCGAACACCAGUGAGGAUGCCCAGCCGUUUCACUGGGCAGAGGCCGUCGAGGUGGACAACACCGCCCUCUCUGAGGGCCCACCAACCCCCAAUGAUGACAAAGUUCCAGCAGCUGCCACAGGCUGGACCGAGGUGGACCCGGGGCUGGGCUCGGCCCCCCACGAACUGCCUGGAAUAUGCUACAUGUAUGACCGCCCAGGAGACCUGUCCUCCCCCUGGGCCGUGUACCAGUGGGCAGCCAGCGCGGGCAUCAUCUCCAGCCCGAACACCAGUGAGGAUGCCCAGCCGUUUCACUGGGCAGAGGCCGUCGAGGUGGACAACACCGCCCUCUCUGAGGGCCCACCAACCCCCAAUGAUGACAAAGUUCCAGCAGCUGCCACAGGCUGGACCGAGGUGGACCCGGGGUAA